UUUGAACCAUACUAGAAUAAUGUGCCAUUUUAUAUAUAACCAGCCUCCUCCAGCCAUGAUAGAGUUCAUUUAUUCCUCACUCACAGUCUUCCAUCUACACACCGAGAUUCGAUUACAGAAAUCGAAUUCAUUAAACACUAAAACGAGAUUGAACAGGAGCAGAGACUCCUGCGAAACGCUGGCGACUAUCAUCUCUUCCCAUGGGCUAACAGGCUUCAUCAAGCCUGUUGGCGAGCUGCUAGAACCCACCCGACCACCAUAGGAUGAAGGAUAGAUCUAAUCUUCCAGUUUACUACUUCCUAACAACCAUUUUCAGAAUCGUUUACUAGACCAUCGAGCUGGGCAACUCAACGAGCACCAAGGUCGGCUCUGCGACCAUUACUCUCUCCUUCAUAACCAAAUCGCGGACCGGCACGUUUCUCUAACGCGCAAGCAAUGGAGCGGUUAUUGAAAGCCCUUCGCUCUCCAGGCGGUAGACGCGCAGUUGAGUGCACGGCACCGACACAAAUGACAGUGCAUGUCGAGGAUGAAGGAGACAAGGCGGGCGAGAUUUCCGUUGAAAACGACAAUACCUAUAAUCUCACAACGAAGGCUGGACGCUUGGAUCGGUGGCUCGAUAAGGUCGUGGAAUUCUCGGGCUCGGAGCCCAUGUUUCUCACCAUCAUCAUCGCCCUCCUCGCCUGGGCAUUCUUGGGGAUUCGAUUUGGACAGUUGACACAGUGGAAAGUCGCUAUCUCUGACGCCCAGGCCAUCCUUAAUAUGGUAUUUGACGCCUUCCUCAUGCGCCAGCAGCUGAAUUCGUACGACUCGCUCAUCGAAGUCUCAGCUUGCCUCAGAUCUCGCACUACUAGCAACAAGAGAAUGCUGCGGAGCCUGAUCGAGAGCGGGAAAUAUGAGAAGGUCAAUCCGAUGCAAUUUCACGAGCUGGAGCAGACAGAAUUCGCAUCAGAGCUCCCUGUGGAGAGCUUGCUAGGCCGAAUAUCCACUGCCUUCUCCACCUUCCUAGGCCACAUCGCUACAGUGGUCGCUUUCUGGGUGUGUAUCUUCAUCUGGAUUGGAUUUGGCCAGUACUGUGGCUGGUCCGACACAUGGCAGUUAUACAUCAACUCGGCCACAUCAGCAUUGAUGGUGUUAAUGUUGGCAUUCUUGGCAAACAUUCGUGAGCGGCACAGCAAAUACACUACGAAAUGUCUCGAAUCCAUCUACGAGGUUGAUGCUGCUCUUGAGCUUAGACUCCGAACCGCCUCCGGCGACACGAUUGAAAACGCGCCCGUCCACAUCCCAGUUCCCGAGAGGAGCAGAAUCCAACGCGCAAUCGACUACUACGCGGAUCUGGUUGGCACUCUUCUCGGGAUCGUAAUCCUGGUCUUUGCACUGAUCGUUUGGGUCGCGAUUGGCCCGGCACUGUCCUUCAAUUCAAACUGGUGGCUCCUCAUCGGCACGUAUGCCGGGCUGAUAGGCAUGAACGAUGGGUUCGUGCUGCGCAAUGUGCACAACGUGCUACAUGGCUACGAAGAUGCCCAGUUUGUCCAGGUGACAUACGACGACAUGGACAUGCUUGCUGUGAUUGGCGUCACGCAGCUCAAUGAAGAGCGCGUCGCGGCCGACUCACUCACCUACCGAAUCUCGGUCAAGAUGGGUGAUUUCUGCUCGCACGAACUCACGGUCGUGUUGGGCGCCAUCGUGAUUCUAGGCCUGGUCAUUGGCGCCAGUGCAAUGGAAUGGAGUGUUACUGGACAGCUGCUCUGUAAUGUCCCGCCUAGUAUCAUCGAAUCAUUCUUCACGAUGAUCCUGAUCACUGGUCACAAUAUCGGAGAUGCUAAGAGGCGUGUCGACCUUCACAACAUCUACCUGCGAAGGCUGAAAAGUAUCACAUAUGUCAAUACGCUGGCCAAGCCUGAGAAGCAGGAGAGGUUGUUACGCCCGCACGAUCACACGGAACUUAUGGAGGUCAAGAUUGAUUCGCUUUAGGUGAGGAAGAGCCACGAGAAGAGUAGAAAAGCAAAAUUGAGUUGGAUAGGGAGAGGAGCUGAAAAUAUGACGCCUUUGUUCAACACAAUGGUCGAUUUAGCUUCAGUAGCCUCUAAAAGUUUUGUUGAAUUACCUGAUUUUUCGCGUUGAUUUAAGUAUUAGAAAUCAUGAUUUUAAGUAGUUAUUUUCCUUUUACAAUACUAUCAUACUUAACCAG